AUGCUUCCUCUGGCCAUCGGCAUGCCAGUCGCGCUGGCCCACCACAUCGACCGCUCCAAGAAGUUUCUGCUGAAAGGCCGCCUGGGGCACGUGCACGCCUGGGAAUGGCAAGAGAACGAACAGCAGCCGAGCAUAGUGUAUGUGAAAUUUGAAGACGCCGACUGGAAGCUGGAGGGCGCGAACGAACCCGGCCUUUACCCGGUGCUGCCCAACUCGCGCACCUGGAAACUGGACAAGGGGCGAAAGCACGCCGUGCUGAAGGUCAGCCGGAAGCAGAUCCCGCUGACCCCAGCCUUCGCCAUCACGGCUCACGCCAGUCAGGGAAAGACGUUGAAGGCCGUCAUGCUGGACCUGAACGUGGACUCCAAGAUCCACGCCGCCUACGGAACGGUGGUGGCCAGUCGCGUCCGAGACAGAUCGGAUGUGCUGAUCCUGCGGCCCUUCCCGCUCUGGCUCUUCCAGCGCGGCGCCACGGAAGGCCCCUCGCUGCUCUUAAGCAAGCUCCGAGGCGAGCACAUCGACUGGCAGGCCAUGCACGACGCACGCUGGCCCAAGGCCCGCUGCCAAAGCUGCAAGGAGCUGAAGAGCUGGGACGUCUUCGCCUUCGCGCAGUGGGAGAUGGUCCGAGCCAACCGCGGUGGCCAGUGCCUGGCGUGCCAGCGCGGUUCCAUCGGCAUCAAGGGGCCGCUGAAGCGGAGCAUCAACGCGACGGCAACCCUGGCAAAGAGCGUUGCCUGCAGCCGCUGCCACUUCACCAAAAUCGAAGAAGCUUUCCCACGGGCCCAACUGGCGCAGAAGGACGCCAACACCAAGCGCCAAUGCUGCGCCUGCCGGCUCGGCGCCACCCAGCUGAACUGCGCCAUCUGCGGCAGCCGAAAGCCGGCCAAGGACUUCUCGCCAACCAUGCGAACCAUGCCGGACGACACCCUCGCCUGCAUCGCAUGCCAGCAGCAGCUCUCGGGCAAAGCGAAGCGCCUGCGCACGGGCUGGUUCUUCUGUAGAGGCUGCAAGGAAAGCUUCCCCAACAGAGCCGCCGGCAACGACGAAGGGAAGCAUUGCCUGAACUGCUCCAUCCGCGGCACACGGCAAACCGGAUGGCAAACCUGCAGAAACAGAAAGUGCGGAAACCGCUUCCAAGCAACAGAACAGGCUUUGUGCCCGGACUGCAGACCCCGACAGCGACCACCACGGCCGAGGAAGACCAACAAGAUGUGA